ACCAGGAAGCGAGCGGAGAGGAAUCUGAAUGAUAGAAGAAUCACAACAGUAGGUCUGACAGCACCGCACCGUCCGCCGGAGCCGAAACACGCCUCUGCACUGUCCGCCUGCCGCUGCUCUUCACGUCGGCCAUGUCUCGGAGACCCAAAGAGGAGUAUUACCGCUUCUUCAGCGUCACCGAGCCGCGGACACACGAGAAGGGACACACCGAGUACAAAGUGACAGCAAGGUUUGUGUCAAAGCGACACCCAGAAGACGUGAAGGAGGUGGUCGUGUGGAGGAGAUUUUCGGAGCUGAAGAAGCUCCACGGGGAGCUGGCCUACACGCACAGGAACCUGUUCAGAAGACAGGAGGAGUUUCCACCAUUCCCACCCGCACAGCUCUUUGGCAGGUUUGAUGAGGCUGUGAUAGAGGAGAGGAGGAAGGCUGCAGAGGCCAUGCUCCUGUUUACCACCAACAUACCUGCUCUCUACAACAGCCCGCAGCUCAAAGACUUCUUCAGAGGUGGGGAGGUCACCAAGCCUCUCGAUCCUUCCCCUCUCGCCUCCGCCUCCCCUCUGCCUCCACCUCUCAUCCCCCUGCCCAAGCGGAGGGCCUCGGACUGCGAGCCCGCCGAGGAGGAGGAGGGGAGGGAGGCUCCCACCUUGCCCCAGGACCUGGGCUCCAACUUGGGCUUGGAGCUGGGCGAGCCGGAGGUGGCAGUGGAGGCUUACAGCGAGAUGGGAGGCUCUCCGACAGAAGAAGAGGAAGAGAGAGAGGAGCUCAGUGACACAGAGCUGGAUAACAGAGUGUCGUCUCCUGACCUGCGUCCAGCCACAACCCACCAAUCACAAGAGGCCCAGGAAGAAUUUGACUCGCUGUUUGACUCCGUGGCAGAGGAGCACGUCCCGUCCCCCCGGGAGAGAGGUCCGCCCCCGCUGUCUGAUAAUGACCUGGCUAUCUUUGAUCCCUGUAGCAAACAAGACUCAUCCAAUUCCUCCAGCGACCACUCGGAACUGUUCUCCCUGCCGGUAACCAACCCAGACAGAGGGGAGGCGGGAUAUUUGAGUCAAGCGGCCGUAGAGCUCACAGCUGCCAUGGAGCGGGAGAAGGAGGGAGAGUUCAGCUCGGCCAUACGUGGAUACCGGACGGCGGUGGAUAUACUGAUCACUGGAGCGCAGGGUGACCCAGAUCCGGUCCGGCGGGAGUCGGUGAAGAGGAGGACCGCCCAGUAUCUGAAACAUGCCGAGAUGUUAGUUGACAGGCACUCGUCGCCCACACACACUAAUACACACACGCCCUCACACACACAUGCACAGGACCCGUAGAUGCAUGUACACGCACACGGAUACACACACAGAAACACACUUAUACAGAGGCAUACACAUAGAAACACACCGCCACAGCUUGUAAUUGAGCACACCCAUCCACCAGUGGACACAUAUAAAAUCAGAUCAAAGAUAAAUAAACUCAGGGUUGUGGCAUACACAUACACACACACACACACACACACACAUCACACAGACACACUCUCAGGGUAACAGUUCACACAUAGACACGCUUACAAAUGCACAGAUUGGUCUAUAGAUGUACACCCACAUGGCUACACUAAGGACAAUAAUACACAUAAUAAUGAAAAUACACACUCAUUCAGGUACAACAGGAGAAUACACCAGCAUACAUACUAACAGAGACACACACACACACACACAUACCUGAGGUGCACAUCAGCGCUCUAUGACAACAUAUUGUGUGUUGUUAUUUUAGUUGCCUUUAGAUUUGUGAUCUGUGAUUUUGAAAAGCUAAAAAUCUGGAAACUCAAAGUGACUGUCAACAGAUCGGACUGGAAGAGUUCAUGUAAACGUUUUUUUCAUCUCCCUCUCUCUUACUCUGCUAACUGAAGUCGUGUUUAACACUUUAUCUUACUAAAGGUUUUUAUGUUGAAUAUUGUAUGUAUAUCAGUAAUUUGCACAAAUGAUUGUUAUUUUGUUUUGUAAAUAAAUGAGAUUUAAG